AUGUUAGUUGGAAUUGGAUUGGUAAUACUCUUUCUAUGCAUGAAAAUCGCAUUACCGGUGUUCCAAAGACUUAAUAGAUUGACCAGUUCGUGCAAGAUGUCAGGAGUGUUCCCAUACAACCCGCCCGUAAAUCGCGAAAUGCGAGAGUUGGACAGGUCAUUUUUCAUUACCAAGAUCCCAAUGUGUGCAGUGAGGUUCUCCGAACCCAAAAACAUCAGUGUCUUUUCCAAGAACUUCAAAGAUUGCAUCUUGAGGGUCCCACGUAUCCCACACGUUGUGAAAUUGAACGCUGCCAGGCCCGCGGAGGAGCCCACAAGCGGCCAGAAUAAGAAGAUGAAGACCAUGGGUAGCGACAAUGCCAUGACAACGAAAGGGGUGCUACUGCACCAAUCAAUCCAUAGCGUGGAAGAUGCGAAUACAAAGUUGCCCCAGGACGCCCUAACGUUCCUCGAAGAGAACGGAGGGGAGAUCGUCGCGCAUGAAUACGUGUUGGACUACGGCUUCUGGAAGGCAGAGGAGAUCCUUCGAGCAGUGCUGCCAGAAGAGUUCCUAGAAGAGGUCCCAACGGGGUUCACGAUCACAGGUCACAUUGCGCAUUUGAACCUGCGCGGCGAGUUCAAGCCGUUCGGCUCCCUCAUCGGACAAGUCAUCCUGGACAAGAACAACAAGAUCGAAUGCGUCGUGGACAAAGUCAGUUCCAUUGCCACAAAGUUCAGGACGUUCCCGAUGAAGGUUAUCGCCGGAAAAAGCGACAGUUUGGUUGUGGAGCAGAAGGAAUCCAACUGCACCUUCAAGUUCGACUUUAGCAAGGUGUACUGGAACUCCAGACUGCACACAGAGCACGAAAGACUGGUCAAACAGUACUUCCAGCCAGGCCAAGUCGUCUGUGACGUCUUCGCCGGCGUGGGGCCCUUUGCCCUACCCGCGGGCAAGAAAGACGUCAUAGUGCUGGCCAACGACCUGAACCCGGAGAGUUACAAGUACUUGCAAGAUAAUAUUGCCCUAAACAAGGUUACGAAGACCGUCAAGUCCUUCAACUUGGAUGGCGCCGAGUUCAUCCGCCAGUCACCACAGCUAUUACAACAGUGGAUCCAGCACGAAGAGGGCGGUAAGAUCAAGAUUCCUCUCCCCGUGAAGAAACGCCACAGGUCCCAGCAACAGCAGGAACUACAGCCACCGCAACCACGCUUCAAAGAGGUGGCAAUUCCGUCACAUAUCAGUCAUUAUGUCAUGAAUCUACCAGACAGCGCCAUUUCAUUUCUGGGGAACUUCCGUGGCAUUUUCGCCACACCCACCAACGCUGCCUCCGACAGCGUCGAAAUGCCCUGGGUGCACGUGCACUGCUUCGAAAAGUACCCGCCUGGCCAACCUGUCACCGAACACGAACUGCACGCGCGAGUGCAUGCGCGUAUUAUUGCCGCCCUCCACGUCACGGUGGACGAGCUCCCAUUGGAGGCGGUCUCGUUGCAUUUAGUGCGCAAAGUUGCGCCCACCAAACCGAUGUAUUGCGCUAGUUUCCAGCUUCCGCCCACCGUGUGA